AUGUCUUCGACCUCCACCGUGGAGUGGGUAGACAAUUCGGCAGCUGAUGCCUGCAUGAGCUGCCAUGCGCGAUUCGGCGUGAUGCAGCUUCGGCGGAAGCAUCACUGCCGGAGGUGUGGGCAGGUCGUGUGCCGGGCAUGCUCGAGUGCAAGGGAGAUCGUGCCCGAGUACCAUCCCAUCAAGCCUCAGCGUGCCACUUGGCAGGCAGACAAGGCUAAUCAUACAGUGAGGAGCACAGAGCAUGGCUUUCUUGAGAUGUGGCCGCGUCAAAAAGGGCCUGGGUUCACACCAAAAUUGCACCUGUCGACACUGGGAAGCUGUCUGAGGAAAGUUCUCGAAUCGACAACCCAACGCAAUGUCAUGAACUAUAAAGAUAGAGCGCACUGGCCCCAACUGAAACCAUUGCAUUCUCAUCAUUACCAGCAUCAAAGCAUUCAUCCUCAUCCACACAGCCCUGAUCAUUAUCACGAUCAUUUUGCUUCAGCAGCAUCAUCCUCAUCGUCAUUUUCGCCAGCAAGAUCAAUGCUCCUCGCCAUCAUCAGCAUCACCACCACCCCCACCAGCACUACCACGACCGUCAUCGUCACCAUCACUGCCAUAAGCAUCACCAAUAUUACCAUCAUGAUCGUCGUAGUAGCCAUCAUCAUCAUCAUCAUCAUCCUCAUGAUCUUCAUCUUCAUCUUCAUCGCCGCCGCCACCACCAUCACCAGCAUCAUCCCACUGGUCGUCCUUCAAAUCCUGGUCACAUCAUCUUAG